GUAAAACUGUGUUGUAAUGAAUUUAAAUCCUAUUAACGAAGAAUGUAGAGUAUUUCUAUUAAAUGUUUCGGCAAAAAACUAUUCUAUUCUUAGCGAUAUUAUUACUAAUUAUCUUUUUUAUAACAACUAAUUAUCUUCUUGUUACUUUACCUACAGAAAGUGAGGUUAAAAUAAGUUUGUCUAUAGAAGAUUUAAUAUAUAAAGAGCUCCAAAAUUUACCACUUUCUUAUAAAUACCAAUCUAAAAAUAAUGACGAAAACCUAAAUAUAUAUUCCAAUUUCAACAGUAUUUCAAAACAAGGUGAACGUAAAAUAGAAAAGCUAUGGCAAAUAGCCAAUUCUUGGAUAAACAAUACUCAACUAUUGGACAUUAAAAGUCUUUAUGUGGGAGAUAUUUUGUUUGCUUUACAACACACCAAAAUUAUUCAAGCCGAUAUUGAUCCAAGAGGAACCCAACUUAAAUUGUUGCUUACAUUACAGGGAAACCAACAAGUAAUAUUUAAACCAAAAUGGUAUGACAGAACAAAAAUUGUUGAUGGACCUGUUUAUGCAGGAAAGGAUAGAUAUAACUCUGAGAUCAUAGCUUUUUAUCUCUCAGUUAUUUUAAACCAUCCAUUAUGCCCAAUAAGUGUAGAAAGACAUAUAUCUUUAAAGGAGGAUAUUUUGCCCAUAGCAACCAAGAGGUUACUUGAUACUACUAUAAUUAAAAAUAAUAGAACUUGUGUAUAUGGGAAAUGUUUUUAUUGUAGCAUUAAUGAUCCCAUAUGUGAUGAUGAAAACUCGUCUCUAUUAGGGGCUGUGAUAUUUAAUUUUAAGGCUAGUUUAAUAAACCAUAGAUCACCAUGGCAGAGGACAUACAAAAAAGGCAAGAAUGCUGUAUGGCAAGAGUUUCCUGAGAGUUAUUGCAAAAUUGUUGAACAUAAGAUAUCUAGAAAACGUUUAUAUGACUUAAUAGAUAUUUCUCUAUUUGAUUUUAUUAUUCAAAAUGGAGAUAGACAUCAUUAUGAAACUCUAGACAAUACUGUAUUAUGGUUAGAUAAUGGAAAAGGGUUGGGAAAUCCUUUUAAACACCAUAUUGAUAUUUUGGCCCCUCUCUAUCAAUGUUGCAUAAUGAGAAAAUCAACAAUGAAAAAUCUAAUGAAUUUGACGGGAGGAAGGCUUACAGAUAAAUUACAAAAAAUGCCAAACAUUAAAAACUUAAUAACAACCGAUCACCUUCAAGCGAUGGAAGAUAGACUUCUGCUUAUUUUUGCAACUAUUGAGUAUUGUAAAAAAUAUAAAAAAUCUCAGGCUUAACAUCAAAAAUUGUUUAUGUAGCUAUUUAAUAAAAAAUCGUUCAUUAAUUUAUUAGUUGCAACAAAACAUUUUUCAUUAACAAUUUUUUGCCAAAAAAGUAUUUUAAUUGGUAGAGAUAAUCAUCAGAAAAAACAGCGGGACUAGAAGUCAGAAAGUUGAUAUUUAUUAUUUUAUAUCUGAAGCCUUUUCAUUAAAUUCGUCCAUCUUUAAUUUAACGGAUCUUUUGGAAUAUUUAGAUAAGUUUAUAUCGACUAAAACACAUAUUGAAGUAUGCUAACAGUGUAGUGCUGUAAAUUUGAUAUGUAGAUGGUCAGAUAAUGAAAGUAAAUGUUUUUUUUUUUCUGGUGUUUCAACAAUGGUCAUAUUCUAGGUUACUCCUACUAUUGUGAAGACAAUUUUACUGAUUUCAUCGAAUGUGAGGCGAUGGUAAAAUUUUGUGGGAGAUAAAUUUCAGGACUAAUAAGAAAAACUUAUCGAAACUUGUCGGGUUCAAAAUUUUAUUUUAUGGAUCAAAAGCAAUAUUUGUCAGUUCAUUUAUAUGGCAGCUAGAAGUCUAUCCUCUCGGCGUAAUAUUAUUGUCAAAAUGUAAAAACUUAUAUAACAGCAAUAAUAUAUGUCAUCAAUAUUGUAAACACAGUAUACUAUGUACAUAUCAGAUAGAACUUUCGGUUUUUGUUUUACAAAUGUAAUUAUUGUAAAUGAAGAAAUAUAUUUUCUUAUUUUUCUGUU